CCCUUUUCUUUUUUUUUUUACCUCUUGCUUUCUUCCUCUCUGCUCUGCUUCUCUUUCUCUUUCUCUCUCUCUCUCUCUUCUUUCUCUAUUUAAGACGACUUUAGGCUCUGGCUCACAAAUAUUUAUCAAUGUCUUUGUUAUUUGAAAGUGCGUAGUCUUAUUUAAGAUUUUUUUUUUUUUUAGAGGGGUUAGUUUGUUUUUCGUAGCCGCCCCCUUUCCAAUGAGAAGACGUAAAAGAUGGAGCUUCACAUUUUAGAGCACAGCUUGAAAGUGGCGAGUAUAGAGAAGGAAGGCAUCCAGAUUUGCACUCACGGAUUAAUAAAACUCGCCUUCCUGGCCUCCAAAACCAGGUGCAAGUUCUUCAGCCUGACAGAAACGCCGGAGGACUACACCAUCAUUGUGGACGAGGAGGGCUUUAAAGAGCUGCCGGAGUCGGAGCACAUCAGUGUCGCCGAGGCCACGUGGCUGGCGCUCAAUGUGGUGUCAGGCGGCGGAAACGCUUCCAACUCGCAGCCCAUCGGCGUCACCAAGAUCGCCAAGUCGGUCAUCGCGCCGCUGGCUGACCACAAUAUCUCUGUCUUCAUGCUCUCCACCUAUCAGACGGACUUCAUCCUGGUACGAGAACGAGACCUGCCCAUGGUCAUGCACACGCUGUCUUCGGAGUUCACUUUACUGAGGGUAGUCAACGGAGAGACAGUGGCUGCCCACCACUUGGGGGUGACCAAUGGCUUUGUCAAGCCCAAACUCGUGCCGCGUCCAAUCAUCCACCCGCUGUCCAGCCCGAGCAACAUGUUUUGUGUGACCAGCUUGGAUCCUGACACACUUCCCUCCGUAGCAACCCUGCUCAUGGAUGUCAUGUUCUACUCUAGCGGAUCGAAAGAAACAGGCGCAUGCGCCGAGGAUGCCAGCCACAUCCGAUUCUUCUCUUUCUCCCUCAUCGAAGGCUACAUCUCACUGGUCAUGGACGAAGAGACCACGCAAAGGUUCCCAAACAACGUCUUGUUCACCAGCGCCUCUGGCGAGCUUUGGAAAAUGGUCCGAAUCGGGGGACAACCUUUAGGAUUUGACGAGUGUGGCAUCGUGGCUCAAAUAUCGGAACCCUUGGCAACUGCCGACAUUCCAGCAUACUACAUUAGCACGUUCAAGUUCGACCAUGCCUUGGUUCCCGAGGAAAAUAUCCAGAGCGUGAUCGGAGCGCUGAGGACCGAUUGCACCCUGGCUUAGCGAGGCUAGAGAGAGGAAAAACAGUUUUAGCGUUUGAGUUUCCAAAAACUUCCAAGAGCUAAUUAGCGGACUACUGCGGAUCAGGUUGGAGUGAGGCACAUUGUAUGAAGGGGAUUUUGUUGUUCAGCCAUUUUCCCGUAGCUCCUUCCUGUUUUCCUUUUGACCCCACCCGAGGGCAACCCCGCUGCUGGCCUUGCCCCUGGUAGUUGUUGCUGCUUCACCUGCUCACAUGCACCAACUGUGUUAGUUACAGAAAUCCCCCCUAGUGGAAGGAUGAUGAAUGUACUUGCGGAAGAAUAAUUAGUACAAGCUUUUUCCUUUUCUUUCGGUAGCUUUAGCUUUAUGUAGCUUUGUUUUUUUUUCUCUUCAUGAAUUUUUCUUUUUUUUCCUUUUUUUUUUUAGUUUAUUUAAAUUCUGAUGUUUCUAUUUUAUUUUAUUUUAUUUAUUUUUUUGGUUUGUUUUUGAGGGUUUUGUCAGUCACUGAAGAUGUCAAACACAAGGCCCGAGGGCCAGAUGUGGCCCGUAAAAAAUAACUACCACGAUUCUUGCUAAAACCGCAGCAAAAAUUAAAAAAUGUCAAGUUUCAUUGUUAUUGUUCAUAUUAUGAAUAAUAAUGAUGAGAUAUGGUAUUUGUCUGCUACCAAUCUUCUACUGCCUUUCACCCAAAGUCAGCUGGGUUAGCCUUCAUUGCCCCUUGACCCUAACCAGGAUCAGCAGUGUUGACAAUGGAUGGGUGGGUUUUGUCAUUCUUUAUUUUAAUUUUUUUUUUUGGUCACCUUUAAUUUUUUUUCACAAUUUUUCUGUAUUUUUUGUAGUUUCCUUGGGUGUUCUAUUUUUUACUUUUCAGAUUUUUCCACUCAUUUUCUGUUCUCAUUUUUUUUCCCGCAAUUUUUUCAACAUCAGUGACAAGAUGCUUUUUUUUUUUAAUGCCUAAACUGAUGAUGCCUUUUGUUGUGCAAUCUGAGGCCGUACUCCGUUCACCGCCGCGAGUGAGGUUGUUGAUCCAUAUUGACGAGGAUUUUUUUUUUUUUUGUCGAUGUGCUCACUCUGUGAGCAACUGGUCGCUUUCCUUCCACUGAUCAGAGGAUUUUGAUUUAGUCCUUCUAAUAGCAACGGUGGAUAUGUAGCAUUAAUGGGUUGUUGACUACUCGAUUGCGAACGAAAUUUUUUUUUUUUUCGCUUUUGCAUGACAAUACAGUAUAUCGGCAAAGUAGUUCCUACAAUAUUUUGUUGUUGUUCUCCCACAAUCAGAAAAAUGCUAACGUUUAAGUGGAAUUCUUUGGUACCGACUGAAUGUUUCGGACUCUUGCCUUUACACUUCAUAAACCUGUCGUCAUAAUCACUGUUUAACUCUCAGAUAACGUACAAGAAUCCGUAAAGAGAAAAAGUGUCUAGUUUUGAUUUUGUCUCUUCUUAGCUAUGCUGCCAAUUUAGUAGAUUCUACAACCAUGAAAUUGGGCGGAGACUUUUAUUCACAGUGUACUUUUUUUUUUUUUUUCAAACUCGGGUGAUUCGCGAGGAUGCUAGUGAAAUUGUCCUCCUGUAAAAGUUUAAAAGAUUAGAAUUAGCUAGCAGUCACAGUAUCGAAUAUCAUAUGUUCCAUUUUUUUUUUUUCUUGCUAGUAGGUUAGCGUAACCCAAAAUGUUUUAUUUGGUUACUGACUUUGUUGUUUCCCUAAAAUUGAGAACUCGUAACUGUCAAAAAAAGACAAAUUAUGUCAUAAAAUUUGUAAAGAUAUGAGAGAGAUCAUCAUAUAAUAAGUAAUCUUAGGUAUAUUCUCAUUGGCGGCAUGAACCGGACCGAAUUUCAAAUCCCAGCCCCGCCUGGUCGGAGUUUGCAUGUUCUCCUCGUGACUGCGUGGCUUUUCUUCGGGCGUUCCAUUUUCCUCCCACAUCCCAAAAACUCGCAUUCAUUGGAGACUCUAAAUUGCCCGUAGGUGUGAUUCUGAGCGCAAAUGGUUGUUUUGUAUGUGCCCUUCGAUUUGUUGGCGACCGUUUCAGGGUCUACCCCGCCCUUCACCUGAAGAUACAUAGGAUGGGCUCUAGCACUCUGGCGACCCUCGUGGGGAUAAGGAGAACAAAAUAUUAUUGAUUAAUUUCUCAUUGGGAUUUCUGAAUUCUCCCUUAAAUACAAAGGACUAAGAAACCAUGUUUAGCAUAACCCUAAAAGUUAGCUUGGUUUUGGCUGUUAGCCAAACUCACAGAAAAAUACUUUUACAAAAAUAUCAUUUUAUAGCUGCAAAAAAAUGAGCUUUGCAAAAGUUUUAAUGAUUUCAAUAAAAAAAUACAAUCAAAAGAUUUUAGUUUAUUAAAACCACAACUUUUGCCAACCACAAUUAUGCAAUUUUUUUAAACGAUGAAUGCAAAUUGCGCUCAAAUAUUUUCUUUGAGUGGCGCUAAAAUAGAAUUCACGCUUAAACACGAAGUUCGGAUGAAGAAAUAAUUACCUUAUCUUCACUCGUGCUUAAUUUCUCGCUGACAAUUAAGAAAAUGUGAUUAUCUUUUGUGUAGUGUAAAAUGUGUACCCUUGCUUUAGCUUCUAAUCAUUAGACUCUAAUGCCUCCAGAUUUCUAAUAAUUUAUAUGAUUUUUUUUUGUUUGUUUUUGUUUUUUUUUAAAGGGUAUCCAGUUUUGCCUAACACGAAAUGAAAUGUCGCCGGUCAUAUGCACUUAUUUUCUUCCAAAAAUAGAAUUCACACUUAAAUGUGAAGCUAAUACAAAGAAAUAAGUAUCUUGGCUUAACCAAGGAGCUUAGCUUGAUUGGCUUCGUGCUAAAUGCAAAAUGUUAGCCUAGCUGAAGCGCCUCGGAAUGUCAAACGUAACAAUCACAUUGAAAAGAUCAGUAGUUAAUUUUCCUACGUUACAUUUGAUAAUCAUACACCCAAAUUUUGUCAACUACCAAUCAGCAAGUCCGAAAUGUCGAUUGCGCCAUAUUCACUUUCUUGCAACAAUGACCAAGACAACCAAGAAAUUAUUAUUAGUUUUACCUGUAAAAGUUACUUUACCAAAAAAUUCUUGAAUAAAUCAUUAAAUAUGAAGCUAGGACUAAUUGCUCAGCUUAUCUUAACCCUGCUUAUUUUCUCCCGAGAACUGCGCAAAAAUUUGUUUGCUUCGAAAUAAGUUAUCUUAGCUUUAGCUAUCAGUGCCUCCAAACUUUAAAUGAUUCUGCCAUAUUUCCCUUUGUCGUUAUCAGGAAAAUUGUCGCCUCUCCGUUGAACGCUCCGAGAAAUCAUUACUUUGACACUUUUUUCCCCUGUAUUUUUUUCCCCCUUUCUGCCAAAAAUCCAGAGAAAGUGUUAGCAUUAGCAGUAACGUUGUCGUUGCUCCCAGUGUUGGCGUUCUUUUUUUUCUCGCAAUGUAUUACUGAGCCACUUUUGUGAUGAGAAUAAUGACGGCGUAAUAAUAAGCUAACGCGCGAAGGAGAGUCUCCCUCCGUGUGUCUUUUUCCGGUCUUGAAGCUCUGCCUCUCCCCAAAAAGCCCGCGACCAAUCGUCUGCACUUUAAUGCAGGUUAGUCCCGCCCCCUCUCCCCCCAUAGCAGGUCUGCUGUACUGAUGCGCAAGAAUGGGAGAUGACUAUUGGUCUUAAGCAUUUGCUGGUGUUCAUUUUUUUUUCAUGUUGUUGUUGUUGUUAGUUUCUUCACCUUUUACACCCAACUAGUCGAUACAAUUUUUUUUUUUUUUGGUCAGUGUUAAAACAAAAAAAAAAAAAAAAACAAUUUCUACUGAUUUCCAUUUCAAUACAAUUUCUUUUGAUUUUGAGCUUUUUGUGCGGUUGUGUGGAAAAAAAAAAAUAAAAGCUUUUUUUUCCUUUU